AUGGUCGGCCGCAGAAAAAGAACUCAACAUCUCCGUCUUUCCAAACAUUUGUCGACUGAUGUGGCCUUGGACCAGAUUCUUCCGUCCAACGAAGAGAAUGAGUGCUACAACACAAAACCCAGCACUCUAAACCAAAUGACCAGAGGAGCAGGUCAAGGAGAGAGAGGAGCAGGUCAGAGAGAGAGAGAGGAGCAGGUCAAAGAGAGAGAGGAGCAGGUCAGAGAGAGAGAGGAGCAGGUCAAAGAGAGAGAGGAGCAGGUCAAAGAGAGAGAGGAGCAGGUCAAAGAGAGAGAGGAGCAGGUCAAAGAGAGAGAGGAGCAGGUCAAGGAGAGAGAGGAGCAGGUCAGAGAGAGAGAGGAGCAGGUCAAAGAGAGAGAGGAGCAGGUCAAAGAGAGAGAGGAGCAGGUCAGAGAGAGAGAGAGGAGCAGGUCAAAGAGAGAGAGGAGCAGGUCAAAGAGAGAGAGGAGCAGGUCAAAGAGAGAGAGGAGCAGGUCAAAGAGAGAGGAGCAGGUCAAGGAGAGAGAGGAGCAGGUCAAAGAGAGAGAGGAGCAGGUCAGAGAGAGAGAGGAGCAGGUCAAAGAGGGAGAGGAGCAGGUCAAAGAGAGAGAGGAGCAGGUCAAGGAGAGAGAGGAGCAGGUCAAAGAGAGAGAGGAGCAGGUCAAAGAGAGAGAGGAGCAGGUCAGAGAGAGAGAGGAGCAGGUCAAGGAGAGAGAGGAGCAGGUCAGAGAGAGAGAGGAGCAGGUCAAAGAGAGAGAGGAGCAGGUCAAAGAGAGAGAGGAGCAGGUCAAAGAGAGAGAGGAGCAGGUCAAAGAGAGAGAGGAGCAGGUCAAAGAGAGAGAGGAGCAGGUCAGAGAGAGAGAGGAGCAGGUCAAGGAGAGAGAGGAGCAGGUCAGAGAGAGAGAGGAGCAGGUCAAAGAGAGAGAGGAGCAGGUCAAGGAGAGAGAGGAGCAGGUCAAAGAGAGAGAGGAGCAGGUCAAGGAGAGAGAGGAGCAGGUCAGAGAGAGAGAGGAGCAGGUCAAGGAGAGAGAGGAGCAGGUCAAAGAGAGAGAGGAGCAGGUCAGAGAGAGAGAGGAGCAGGUCAAAGAGAGAGAGGAGCAGGUCAAAGAGAGAAGAGCAGUCAAAGAGAGAGAGGAGCAGGUCAAAGAGAGAGAGGAGCAGGUCAAGGAGAGAGAGGAGCAGGUCAAAGAGAGAGAGGAGCAGGUCAAGGAGAGAGAGGAGCAGGUCAGAGAGAGAGAGGAGCAGGUCAAGGAGAGAGAGGAGCAGGUCAAAGAGAGAGAGGAGCAGGUCAAGGAGAGAGAGGAGCAGGUCAAAGAGAGAGAGGAGCAGGUCAAGGAGAGAGAGGAGCAGGUCAAAGAGAGAGAGGAGCAGGUCAAAGAGAGAGAGGAGCAGGUCAAAGAGAGAGAGGAGCAGGUCAAAGAGAGAGAGGAGCAGGUCAAGGAGAGAGAGGAGCAGGUCAAAGAGAGAGAGGAGCAGGUCAAAGAGAGAGAGGAGCAGGUCAAGGAGAGAGAGGAGCAGGUCAGAGAGAGAGAGGAGCAGGUCAAGGAGAGAGAGGAGCAGGUCAAAGAGAGAGAGGAGCAGGUCAAAGAGAGAGAGGAGCAGGUCAAAGAGAGAGAGGAGCAGGUCAAAGAGAGAGAGGAGCAGGUCAAAGAGAGAGAGGAGCAGGUCAAAGAGAGAGAGGAGCAGGUCAAGGAGAGAGAGGAGCAGGUCAAAGAGAGAGAGGAGCAGGUCAAGGAGAGAGAGGAGCAGGUCAGAGAGAGAGAGGAGCAGGUCAAGGAGAGAGAGGAGCAGGUCAGAGAGAGAGAGGAGCAGGUCAAGGAGAGAGAGGAGCAGGUCAAGGAGAGAGAGGAGCAGGUCAAAGAGAGAGAGGAGCAGGUCAAGGAGAAAGAGGAGCAGGUCAGAGAGAGAGAGGAGCAGGUCAAGGAGAGAGAGGAGCAGGUCAGAGAGAGAGAGGAGCAGGUCAAGGAGAGAGAGGAGCAGGUCAGAGAGAGAGAGGAGCAGGUCAAGGAGAGAGAGGAGCAGGUCAGAGAGAGAGAGGAGCAGGUCAAAGAGAGAGAGGAGCAGGUCAAGGAGAGAGAGGAGCAGGUCAAAGAGAGAGAGGAGCAGGUCAAGGAGAGAGAGGAGCAGGUCAGAGAGAGAGAGGAGCAGGUCAAGGAGAGAGAGGAGCAGGUCAGAGAGAGAGAGGAGCAGGUCAAGGAGAGAGAGGAGCAGGUCAGGAGAGAGAGAGAGAGGAGCAGGUCAAAGAGAGAGAGAGCAGGUCAAGAGAGAGAGGAGCAGGUCAAAGAGAGAGAGGAGCAGGUCAAAGAGAGAGAGGAGCAGGUCAAAGAGAGAGAGGAGCAGGUCAAAGUGUUCCAGCCUCCUCCAGAUGGUUCAGGUUCCAGCCUCCUCCAGAUGGUUCAGGUUCCAGCCGCCUCCAGAUGGUUCAGGUUCCAGCCUCCUCCAGAUGGUUCAGGUUCCAGCCUCCUCCAGAUGGUUCAGGUUCCAGCCUCCUCCAGAUGGUUCAGGUUCCAGCCGCCUCCAGAUGGUUCAGGUUCCAGCCGCCUCCAGAUGGUUCAGGUUCCAGCCUCCUCCAGAUGGUUCAGGUUCCAGCCUCCUCCAGAUGGUUCAGGUUCCAGCCGCCUCCAGAUGGUUCAGGUUCCAGCCUCCUCCAGAUGGUUCAGGUUCCAGCCUCCUCCAGAUGGUUCAGGUUCCAGCCGCCUCCAGAUGGUUCAGGUUCCAGCCGCCUCCAGAUGGUUCAGGUUCCAGCCUCCUCCAGAUGGUUCAGGUUCCAGCCUCCUCCAGAUGGUUCAGGUUCCAGCCGCCUCCAGAUGGUUCAGGUUCGCCGCCUCCAGAUGGUUCAGGUUCCAGCCUCCUCCAGAUGGUUCAGGUUCCAGCCUCCUCCAGAUGGUUCAGGUUCCAGCCUCCUCCAGAUGGUUCAGGUUACAGCCGCCUCCAGAUGGUUCAGGUUCCAGCCGCCUCCAGAUGGUUCAGGUUCCAGCCGCCUCCAGAUGGUUCAGGUUCCAGCCGCCUCCAGAUGGUUCAGGUUCCAGCCGCCUCCAGAUGGUUCAGGUUCCAGCCUCCUCCAGAUGGUUCAGGUUCCAGCCUCCUCCAGAUGGUUCAGGUUCCAGCCGCCUCCAGAUGGUUCAGGUUCCAGCCGCCUCCAGAUGGUUCAGGUUCCAGCCUCCUCCAGAUGGUUCAGGUUCCAGCCUCCUCCAGAUGGUUCAGGUUCCAGCCGCCUCCAGAUGGUUCAGGUUCCAGCCUCCUCCAGAUGGUUCAGGUUCCAGCCUCCUCCAGAUGGUUCAGGUUCCAGCCGCCUCCAGAUGGUUCAGGUUCCAGCCGCCUCCAGAUGGUUCAGGUUCCAGCCUCCUCCAGAUGGUUCAGGUUCCAGCCUCCUCCAGAUGGUUCAGGUUCCAGCCGCCUCCAGAUGGUUCAGGUUCCAGCCGCCUCCAGAUGGUUCAGGUUCCAGCCUCCUCCAGAUGGUUCAGGUUCCAGCCUCCUCCAGAUGGUUCAGGUUCCAGCCUCCUCCAGAUGGUUCAGGUUCCAGCCUCCUCCAGAUGGUUCAGGUUACAGCCGCCUCCAGAUGGUUCAGGUUCCAGCCGCCUCCAGAUGGUUCAGGUUCCAGACGCCUCCAGAUGGUUCAGGUUCCAGCCGCCUCCAGAUGGUUCAGGUUCCAGCCGCCUCCAGAUGGUUCAGGUUCCAGCCUCCUCCAGAUGGUUCAGGUUCCAGCCUCCUCCAGAUGGUUCAGGUUCCAGCCGCCUCCAGAUGGUUCAGGUUCCAGCCUCCUCCAGAUGGUUCAGGUUCCAGCCUCCUCCAGAUGGUUCAGGUUACAGCCGCCUCCAGAUGGUUCAGGUUCCAGCCGCCUCCAGAUGGUUCAGGUUCCAGACGCCUCCAGAUGGUUCAGGUUCCAGCCGCCUCCAGAUGGUUCAGGUUCCAGCCGCCUCCAGAUGGUUCAGGUUCCAGCUGCCUCCAGAUGGUUCAUGUUCCAGCCGCCUCCAGAUGGUUCAGGUUCCAGCCGCCUCCAGAUGGUUCAGGUUCCAGCCUCCUCCAGAUGGUUCAGGUUCCCGCCGCCUCCAGAUGGUUCAGGUUCCAGCCGCCUCCAGAUGGUUCAGGUUCCAGCCGCCUCCAGAUGGUUCAGGUUCCAGCCUCCUCCAGAUGGUUCAGGUUCCAGCCGCCUCCAGAUGGUUCAGGUUCCAGCCUCCUCCAGAUGGUUCAGGUUACAGCCGCCUCCAGAUGGUUCAGGAUCCAGCCGCCUCCAGAUGGUUCAGGUUCCAGACGCCUCCAGAUGGUUCAGGUUCCAGCCGCCUCCAGAUGAUUCAAGGUUCCAGCCGCCUCCAGAUGGUUCAGGUUCCAGCCUCCUCCAGAUGGUUCAGGUUCCAGCCUCCUCCAGAUGGUUCAGGUUCCAGCCGCCUCCAGAUGGUUCAGGUUCCAGCCGCCUCCAGAUGGUUCAGGUUCCAGCCUCCUCCAGAUGGUUCAGGUUCCAGCCUCCUCCAGAUGGUUCAGGUUCCAGCCGCCUCCAGAUGGUUCAGGUUCCAGCCUCCUCCAGAUGGUUCAGGUUCCAGCCUCCUCCAGAUGGUUCAGGUUCCAGCCGCCUCCAGAUGGUUCAGGUUCCAGCCGCCUCCAGAUGGUUCAGGUUCCAGCCUCCUCCAGAUGGUUCAGGUUCCAGCCUCCUCCAGAUGGUUCAGGUUCCAGCCGCCUCCAGAUGGUUCAGGUUCCAGCCGCCUCCAGAUGGUUCAGGUUCCAGCCUCCUCCAGAUGGUUCAGGUUCCAGCCUCCUCCAGAUGGUUCAGGUUCCAGCCUCCUCCAGAUGGUUCAGGUUCCAGCCUCCUCCAGAUGGUUCAGGUUACAGCCGCCUCCAGAUGGUUCAGGUUCCAGCCGCCUCCAGAUGGUUCAGGUUCCAGACGCCUCCAGAUGGUUCAGGUUCCAGCCGCCUCCAGAUGGUUCAGGUUCCAGCCGCCUCCAGAUGGUUCAGGUUCCAGCCUCCUCCAGAUGGUUCAGGUUCCAGCCUCCUCCAGAUGGUUCAGGUUCCAGCCGCCUCCAGAUGGUUCAGGUUCCAGCCUCCUCCAGAUGGUUCAGGUUCCAGCCUCCUCCAGAUGGUUCAGGUUACAGCCGCCUCCAGAUGGUUCAGGUUCCAGCCGCCUCCAGAUGGUUCAGGUUCCAGACGCCUCCAGAUGGUUCAGGUUCCAGCCGCCUCCAGAUGGUUCAGGUUCCAGCCGCCUCCAGAUGGUUCAGGUUCCAGCCGCCUCCAGAUGGUUCAUGUUCCAGCCGCCUCCAGAUGGUUCAGGUUCCAGCCGCCUCCAGAUGGUUCAGGUUCCAGCCUCCUCCAGAUGGUUCAGGUUCCCGCCGCCUCCAGAUGGUUCAGGUUCCAGCCGCCUCCAGAUGGUUCAGGUUCCAGCCGCCUCCAGAUGGUUCAGGUUCCAGCCUCCUCCAGAUGGUUCAGGUUCCAGCCGCCUCCAGAUGGUUCAGGUUCCAGCCGCCUCCAGAUGGUUCAGGUUCCAGCCUCCUCCAGAUGGUUCAGGUUCCAGCCUCCUCCAGAUGGUUCAGGUUCCAGCCUCCUCCAGAUGGUUCAGGUUCCCGCCGCCUCCAGAUGGUUCAGGUUCCAGCUGCACUGGUCGCCCAUGGCCCGGACCUGCUCCUUUCUUUGUUUCUGCAGAUUUAA